UUGAAUCCCCUCCUGAGUGCAGGGCGCGGGUCGGCCGAGGGCUGGAUGCACUGUGGGUUUGAUCUGGGCCUGUAAUGUCACACUAAUUGUAAGGACUUAAUAAAACUAUAACUUGAAAGUAUGUCCUGCUAUUGCAUAGAGGCGUUUCUGCGAUUUUAGUUCAAUAGGCUGAACACUUUUAAUGUUGUUUCUUUUACAUACGGCGUCAGAUUCUGUAAUAGAAUUUGUUUAAUAGGAUAGAACACUUAUGAAGAGAAAAAUAAUCUGGCAUUCUGUCCUAAGUUGAACCUAACAGUAUUCCAAAAAUUAAUGAAGCUGAGGUUUGGGGUUUCUUUUUGUUUUUGGUUUUGUUUUUUUUUGCUAUUUUUCCUAUGCAGUUCAGGCAAAUAUUGUUGAGAAGCAAGAAGUUACUGGUUUUUGGGGGAAAAAAACCCAGCUGGCUUCAAACUGAAAUAAACUGCCAUGUAACUAUUGGGUUUUUGCUUCUCUCUCUCCAUUAAGAGUUAAAGGCAGGGAAUUUCUAAUUGGUGUGUAGUUCUUAUCGCAGCAUUUUACAGAAUGGGCAGCUCCUUUUCAAAUACUUAACAGUAAAGAGUUAUGUUGAACUGGGAAUUUUGUGUGAGUUGUACGUCACUUUUGUAUUUAAGAAAUUAUUUCUUUUGCACUGUUUCUGGUGCAGUCGCAUUCUUGCAAAUAUCUGUCAUAUGCCCUUUGUUUUCAACUCUUGUCCUACCUUUCUGUGUGUUCUUUUUCAAUUAGACCUUAUAGGGACUUUCAUGAGGGUCAUUUGAAGUACGCUGAAAACCUGAAUGUAGCUGAUAGAUUGCUAGUUUCAGCUCCUGGUAGCCUGUGUUUUUCUUGCUUACUGUGAUUGAUCAGUCCUGAACUUUCAGGUUGAUUUCCAAUUCCACUGUGAAAACUGAUUGGCUUCCCUCUGUUGUCAGUGUGUCUUUGGUUGGGUUUUUUUUUUUUUUUUGGUAGUGUGCUUAAGUAGGAAUAAUUUUCUUGUUUUAUUGAUGAUAUUUAUGUAACUUAGAAUCUUUAAGAUUAACUAAAAGCCAUGUGCUAGGAAUAAUGUGAGGGUCAUUGUUAAACGGGCUUUACUUGAAUAGUAAAUUACAACUUUUUAAGUAAGCAAAUUACAGUAAAUCAAGCUAUAACUUUUUAAGUAAUCUGUCCACCAAAGAUUCCAAAACAGUGUAUAAAAAACAUAAUUAAAUCAUUAUCAUUCUGUACAUAGCACUUGCUACGUAACUGAUACCAGAAGCAAUUUCAGAAACGUAUUCUUUAGAUAUGGUGAUAAAUUAAAAAAAAAAAAAAAUCGUAUGCAUUAUGUUUUAAGUCUUAGUCGUAAGAAUGUGAAGAUCUGUUGACUUAAUUGUGAGCUUUUUUGUCAUACUGGCAGCAUAGAUAGUGUAAAGAGGUGAAAGUAAACCAGAGCUGUGUAAACGAGGUGUCUGUGGGCAGUGGGAGCAGAUCAAGGUUCACUUCUGGUAUGAAAUGGUUCUCGGUUUUCUGACACAGGUAUUUGUUUGACUCAUUUAAAAUAUUCAGAACUUUUUUUUCUGUUUUAACAUUAAUAUAUCAGUUAUUGUCAGAAAACUGUCUUCUAUUUGGUUUCUUAGUGAGAAUGUUUUUACCAUGUGGGAACACAGCUUGGCACAACGUGCCUGCUCUGCUUGGCUUGAUAAUUGCAUUAGUAUUGCAGAACUCAACAGAUAGCUGUCGUUCUUUCUCUGCUGUCAUUAUCUGUGAUCUUAUUAAAUUUGCAGUGACCUAGUCAAUUGUAAAAGAGCAAAUAUCUUUUUCUGGGAAAGGUAAAUUGACCUGUGCUAUAUUUUGUCUUAAUGCAAAAUUAUGGAGUGUAUAUACAGUCUAAAUUCUGUGGGUUGUUGGCAUUGCUUCGUGUCAGUUCUGCAAUUCCCUUUGGGGUUUAUGCUCAUAAAUAAAUUGGUUUAUAGUCUCAGUAAGAAUAUUGGCUUAGACUAUUGGUUUGUGAUAGAAUAAGCAUUACAGCUGUUAAUACAGAUAGCUUAUCCAGUUAGAGUGGUGACUUUUAACCUCAGGUUUAGAAAUUCGGCAUAUGUGGCCUUUCAUAGAAGGGUCUUCAUUGGGUCAGCAUCUUCUCUAAAAUGCACUUUUGCAGAGGACUGGGUGCAUAUUGCUGCUUUAGAAAUAAGCACAGUGCGUGACUCAAACAGUAAUUCAAAUCACUGCGUUGCACUUUCUGUUGUUGCAUAUUAAAGAGAAAUGUCACCUGUUCAGUCUGCCACUGAACAAGAGUGUGUAACACUCUGCUAUUAACCAGAGGAAUGCAGCUUAAAUUUGGUUAAAAUGAGGAGGAGUGCAAAAGACCAUUCAGUUCUUCUGUUUUAAGAAAUAACUUCUUAAUUCUGUUUGGUAAACAGGGCUUUCCUGCCUCACUUAUGUGGAACUGAGAGAAGGUAAAUAUUUGAAAUACAUUUACAAUUUUAUUCCUGAGCACAUGAGUUUGACUCUUCCUAAGCAUGCAAAUCACAGGAAAGGUUCACAGUAUGGCUUUCGUUCACCCAUUUCUGCUCCAUCUGCUUUGGCUGCAGGCUCUCUGUGUUCUGGGGGAAUUGACUUUGCCUGACAUCAUGUAUACCUCUAGAUCUCAUCCACAUAUUUUACUAAGUUUUUGCUAUGUGAUUUUUUUUUUUUUUCUUCACUCUUCUGUGUUAAAUUAACAACCGUCUUUCCAUGAGGCUUUCGUUAUUUGCUUUAGAAAAAAGAUGAGAUGGCUCAAUGGUAGAGGCAUAGGUAUGAGAAUCAGAGUGAGAAGUGCAGCAGUUUCUGCUGAUACUUGAGCACAUGAUUUUAUGUGUUGGGGGAGCAGGGUUUUUGUUUCAUUUUUUCCAAUAAACUCCUGCAGUCAAAUGGGAAGAGCUUAUUGCAAAGAUGCAGCAUCCUUUCAGAACCCUUAAGAUGCUUAAUCAAAAUGGUACAUUACUUUCUCAUCUACCCAGUAAGUGGGGUGUUUUUUUUCAGCUUGUGUAAUUGUCAGGUUGUCCCCAUAAGGCAAUUCACUCUUACCAAACCCAUCUUGCAGUAUAUUCUUGGCUCUGCGUUAAUGACACUGAAGCUGUAAGGGAUGAAUGGCUGUAUGGUGAAGGUGGUGGACUGGAACAGUCAGCAUUCAAGUUCAUGCCUCAAUUUGGGAUAGCCUGUAUGACCAGUUUUCUUAAGGAGGAGCAGUUUAAUAGUUCUUUGCUUUCCCUCUUGUAACGAAGAUAGGGAUUGUUUAUUGCAGCUGCUGAAGUCUUGUAUAUUUGGGUGACAGACUUGUUGGGAAAGAGAUUUGUGUAUACAAAUUGUGUACACACUGCUUGUGUAGGAGUGAAUGCGAUAGAGCCUAAUCUGGAAUGAAGCCUCAGGGACAAAACGUAAGAAAAAUAUUAUUCUGGAAUUGUGGUGUAUUUUCAGUUGUUGUAGUUUGGAAUGUAGUUCUGUUGAACCAGCUUCUGCAUGAGAAGAAUGGGAAAGGUGAGUGUGUUCUACACAGUUGCUAGUGGUAGAUGUGCUAGUUGAAUUUCUGUGAUAAUUUGAAAUCUGUGGUAUUUUAAAAGUAAAAAAGAAAGUAGCUGGCACCCAUUUGCCAAUUAGUUAUGCAUCGAAGUAUCAGUUUAUAGCUUGGCAGCACCUCUUCUAUACAUUAAUAGCUGGAAAGAACACAGAUGCAACAUCUCUAAUUCAUCAGUUUCCUCAUCAGUGGCUUUCUUUGCUCCUGUGUAACGUGCUGGGUUUUUGUGAACCUGAGAGUAAUGGCUUCUGUGCUAUGAACCUGGAGAGUGUUCUUUUUGUUGUGAUGCACUGUUAUGUGGGAAGCAUAUAUAGGGCAAUAAAAGGAUCAAUUUUUAACCAAAAUACACCUUUUCUAAUUGGUUUUCGUAUAGAAAAGUUAGCUACUGGUUUUUAGAAACUGAGAAAUAAUUUUAUUGUCACCUGUAUAAGAUUGCAUUAUUAAAAAAUAUAUUAGCAAACUAUUAGGUCAGAAUACAGCAGAAAUAUAAAUGUACCAAGUUCUGGCAGUAUGUUUGGAAGUCUGUAUGUAAUGCCAACACACUGAAUGUGUUGUGCUUGCCUACAUGCACAGUGCCUUUGCAAAAUUAUGGAAGUUGUUUCAAUUCCAUAUUUUUAUGUGCAAUUUUCCUCCUGUAGUGUUGCAGGUUAAUUUAUAACUAGAAGAUAAGCAAAUGGUAGGCUAAAAAAAAUAAAGAAAAAGGAUAUAUCACUGUAAAUUUUAGAGCAGUUUCAGAACUGUAUGUAAUCACUCCUAAUCACUAAACACAUUAUGUUUAGUAGUGUAGUCAUGAGCUUACAGAAGGCAGAAAUCCGGAAAUACUUAAGGCAGAGGCUGAUGUCUGGUGAUGCAGCAUCCUGAGUGAUGCUGUCCUCUCAAGAAGUGGGCUGAUGGAUAUUGUUUUACAUUCAGUUAUUAAUAAAUAUCUUUUCCCUUCAAAUAUCAUCUCAGGGCCGCCAAGGGCUGGUUGGCUCCUGGUCUCCUUCCUGCAGUGUGAGGUGCCCUGUGGGAGCCCCCCCCUGGCUGGGAGCAGUGGGCACACUGUGCUUAGUGCAGGGACAGAGUGCUCCAAAGUCUUCAGCUCAGUGUUCAAAGAGCUUCAAAGUCAACCUCAGAUGUAACACCUCUGGGAGAAGCCCUGCACAGCCUCACUGCUUCUAAAAGCAUUUUCCACUGUCGUUAACGGUGUCUUUAAAAAUGUGCUAGCACCAUCUUGUGGGGCAGCGAGACUUUAAUUGGGUUUGAAAGUGAGUUCAGAAGGUAUCUGCUUGGCAAGCAAACGCUGUGUGAGCAUCUGUAACAGUGCUGACAUCUUCAGAAGCAUUUGAAGGAUGAAUUCUAACUGCUAGCGUUAGCUUGAAGAAUCUCAAAGCCCAAUUAAUGCAAUUCUCUUACAGAAGUUCUGGUGAAUGCUGGAUAGCUGUUGUUAGUGGUGAGAUGGCACGUUGUUUUCUUUCAGCACUGACAUUUGCUGUGUGUGUGCACUGUGAGCUUUUUGCUCUGAGAUACUGUGUUCAUAAUAAUGCAGGGAGAGUCUUAGAUCUUAAUUUGUGUCAAAAUACUUCUUGUAACCGUGAUUCCCUCAGUAGGGUGACGAGAAUUGUGAUUUUAUAGUGGCGUAACAUCUUCCCUUUUGUAAAUUAUAAGAGCAAAGAUAGCGUGCUGUACAAACAUUAAUCACUGAAUCCUCAUUAUGUCUUUCAGAAGAAAUAUGGAUAUGCUUGAUUUUCUUGUAGUGUAAGAACAGAAGCUAAACAUGUCUAACAGUCUUCUCUACUUUGGCACAGAUACUUUUACAGUGCCAAGCUGGAGCUUUUUAACUUAGGCGUCGUUAGAACCUUUUGGAAGAAUUAAAAUUAUAAGUAAAAUAUGAUUUGAUGUAAGUAGGAUUUGGGCUGUUUACAUUUGAAAAAUUACAACUGCUUCAGAUUGUGAAUAACAAAUGAAGCCAAACAGAAAAUAAAAUGUAAAGUUAGCACUGUCGUAACUUAAAGAAAUAGUGGUGAAUGCUGACUGUAGAGGUCAGAGUGUAGCUGCUCUCCACAUAAAUGGCACAGUGAUAAUAGGAAUGAACUAAAAGACUUGAUCUCAUGUCACCCGGAAUCACAAGGCACUUAUCUGUAUUGUAAAAGUGUUGCAGCCAUUUGAGUAGAUAACCAGUUGUUGGUUGUUUUGCUUUGUUGUUUUUUUUUUUAAUGGCUUAAAUGAGUGAAAGGAUUUUGGUAUGUUUUUCUCCUUAUACAAAUGAGAGUUGUGCUGAGUGAGGUGCAGUUACAAGGUGGGCCAGACAUGCUGCUGCCAGCUCUGUCCCUGUGCUAUGUCAAUGGAAUAAACCUACCCAGAUGCAGGGAAGAGCUCAGCAAGGGAAUUUAUUCUUCUGUUUGUGUCUUGUUACUUAUCUCUGUGUUUCAUGUUAGGUACUACGAAGUAUUGUGGAGCUGUUGACAGUUUGUGGAUAGUUACCUAAAAUUUGAGUAUCAAACAGGAAUAGGGAGCUAUUCAAGUGCAGGGUGGUACAAGGGAAAUACUGUGUAAUGCUUCUGUUUCUCAGGACAUAGCAUUAAAAUGUUGCUUGUUAGUUGUAUAUUUUAAUGGUGUUGGGAUUGAGUAUGUAACUUGUGGCACUUGGUGUCUGCUGAUAGGGUUGUGCAAUUUUGUGUUAGAAAUAAAAUAAACUUGCUCUUUCAGCUUUUGGAGGUGGAAACGUAUGAGUCUGCUUUAGACUGAUAUCUUAAUAGGAAAAUUAAAUUUGUAUUUUAGUUCUAAGUAAGAGGGUAGUGGUAGUAAGAGUGCCUUCCUCAAAAAAUUGAUGUUUUUAACAAAGAGGAUGGGCAGUAAGGGCUUUAAUUAACUGCACAGUGGGUAAGUUUUGCUUUUCAGUCUCUGAAACGUAACAUUAUCAUUAUAAUCCAGUGCUGUUUUUAGGAACUACCUACAGGUAGGCGGUGUGCUGGGUUGUCCAGGGCCCUGAUGCAUACUGAUCGUGGUGUCUGUGUUCUGAGCUGGCUUUGCCGUUUAAAGUCAAUUUAAAUACAUGAAAAUGGAAUGAUCAUUGUUAUAAUUUAGGAAUUCUGUUGUUCCUGUAGGAAAACAGUGCUGUGGUAGAGUAAUCUGGAGGUUACUGUGUGUUAGUUGGUAACAUUUGUAGUCUCAAAAUGUAAUCGUUUUGACUUAGUUGUAGCAGGACUGAUGAGUCAUUUCUUUGUUGUGAAAAUACUGCUUUGCAUAGCGUGUGCUUCUUACAGUGCUGCAGCUUUCUUCUAAAACCUGAAUGAUUUCAGUUUGAUUGCACAUUCUCAGGGUGCAAGAUGAGGAUGGACAAAACAUGUGUCACAUACACAGCACACAGAUGUCAUUGCAGGUUAAUCAUUACCCCAAAUUUGCACGGCAUCCAAGGGAUGGCUUUAAAGCAAACUGGCACGCUGUGGCUGUUUCCUGCAGUUACAUGACUAAGCUCUCAGUUAUCCAUGGAAGAUUUUGGAUACCUAAUUGCAGAUUGUUUUUUAUAUUUUAAGACAGUCUCAAUGAAUCUUGCUGACAGAUGAUGAAACUGUAAUAAAAUCUUCUCUCCUGUUCUGCCUUGCAUAGUGUAUGAAAUACAUGGCAAAGACAAAAAGUGCUUUUCUGAACUUUGAACUGACCAUUGGAGAGAUAUGCCUGACAAGACCACUUGUCCCCAUCUGGAUGUAGGUUCACUUUCCUCAGUUGUUUCUCAGCUUUUCCUUUUUCUGUGGUAAAUAACAUGGGUGACUGCUCAGUUGUGCUGCCUGAGAGCUGCACACAGCCAGGAAUCUGAGCUCUUCUGGAACUCCAGCUGGUGGGGCACAAAGCAUGGGCAGUGCUGGGACAGAGCUGACUGCUUGUGAAUGCUGCUCUACAAGUAAGGGCUGCUUCUGUUCUGAAAUUUAUUCAUGGAGUAAAUGAGGUGUCUUCUUCCUUUACUUUGUCAACACUCUUGGAGUUUGUUCCCACAUCGUGUUCAAAGCAUGCUAGAAAUUAGGAGGUGUUUGGAGAACAUGAUUGGCUCAGUGAGAGGGCGGUGUGUGCUGGACCAAGCAUUAGGGCUCUGCAUAUCAGGGUGUUUGUGGCAGCCUAUGAAUGCUUCAGGAAGGGGGCUGCAAAACAUUUUCAGCCUUGGUGUUGUUUGUUUUUUUUUUUUUGUUGGGAGGUUUUUGUUAGUCUUAUCCAAGCUAGAAGCUUCAAAGCCCUCCAGCUUUAAACAUUCCUAACCCCGACGUGGCAAAGUAGCCUUACAAGCAGGCUUUCUAGGAAAUACAAAUUCUUUACAGUGAAUCUCAAACACUGAAGUAAGUGGGCAUUGGUAGGCUUCCUCUGCCUUUAAGUGUUUGGAGCAAGCUGCUGCUGCCUCCCUUUUUAUAUUUGGCUUCAUUGCUGUUUUCUUGAUUUUUAGAAUCCUCCUACCCUUUUGUGAGCACUUGAUUUAUUCUGAUACCUGAAACAACGCAUUGAUCUUUGUGCAUUUUGUUUUGUCAUGAGCUUUUUUGCAUGAUUAGCCCAAGUUCUUGUUUUGUCUGCUGAUUCCCAGUCUUUUCUACCCAUUGUGGUUUUGUGUAGAUUUCCUCGUUCUCAUCAAUAAUCACUGUGUCUCCUCAAGCAUGACAUUAAAAUACAGUUUGUUAUUAGUUCCUACUGACACUGAUAGCUUCUAUGCCUUGACUUUUUCCUGCUUUUGAUACUCUCCAUAUUUUCUCUACUGUUUUUAUUUACUAAGGUUUGACUUGAAGAGUGCUACAUAAUCUGAGAACUGGUGUUACUGCAAAACUUUCUGUUUCAGCACCUGAAACUUUGUAUUAAGUGAAUUUAAAUUAAUGACAUGUGAAAGCAAAACCUGUUAUUACAAGUUAGAGUUUUGUCACUCACUUUAGGAGCUCUAAAAUUACACUGCUGUUGAAAUCUUUGCUCUGACCAUGGUCUUCAGUUGAUACCUACUUGUUUGUAUGUCCUUUAUGUCACCAGUAGCAUCUGUACACAUACACAGCCAGCUGAAUUAAUUCAGUGCGUUGGCAUCAAAAUGGGUAUGUGUUGCUUGGUUGUUGGCAGAGGCAGUGUAUAAGAUGUGUGAGUGCUGCAGAUGCCUGCCUGGGGUUGAUAGAGGUUGUGUGCAUGGCUGGGGAGCUGCCCACAGCCUGGUUCAUGCUGGGUCAGAAACAAGGGUAUGUGGCAGUGGGAAACCUGUGUGAGAGAUCACAACAGAGAGAGCUUAGGGAGGGGAAAAAAAAAAAAAAUCUUGUAUGUACUUUGGCACUGCAGCUGCCCUUAAAAGUUUUGUCACUUGUGAUUUGCAGUGAAAGUAUGUUGUCCCUGUGGGAGUCUUGCUUCUAAUUGGAUAAUAUUUCUCAGUUCCUUUUGGGUCUCUCUGAAAUAAUUGUUCUAAAAUGAAUGUAUGUGUGUACAGAUUGUAUUUUGGGAGAGUUAAUUACCAACUGUGUGGUUCAGGGAUUUAGUGCAAGAAGAGGAAGAACAGUUGAUGGAAGAAAGGAAAAAGAGAAAAGAAGACAAGAAGAAGAAGGAAGCUGCUCAAAAAAAGGCCAUUGAACAAAAAAUCAAAGUGCCAGAACAAACCAAGACAAGUGUAAGCCAGCCUCAGCCUGUCACCUCUAACGGCACUUCCACAGCAACCAGCACUAAUAAUAAUGCCAAGCGGGCCACAGCCAACAAUCAGCAGCAGCAAACCUUGCCUCGAUACCCUCCUCGUGAAGUACCACCGCGAUUUCGACACCAGGAACAGAAACAGCUUCUGAAACGAGGUCAGCAGUUACCAGUUAUAGCUGCAAACCUGGGAUCUACUCCUAAAGUAUUAAACGGCCAGUCAGGAGGCAGCACUGUCACAACCAAACAGCCGGUGACCAACGGAGAAGUGCCGAACAGCAGCAAAAAACAGCCAGGCAUGCCUCCCAUUCGGGACUUGGUGAGCCACUCCCCUAACCAGUCAGAUCUGAACCACAGUGGUCUAGGAUCCCAUUAUGAAAAUUCUCACUGGGGACCAGUCUCUUCAAAUAGUGAAUCCAGCACAAACUGGGAUAAAGUUAUUGUAGACGGCUCUGACAAAGAAGCAUGGCCAUCAAUCACUGGCAGUGACCCAGAGUUGACAUCAGAAUGUAUGGACACUGACUCUGCCUCUAGCUCUGGGUCAGAGAGAAACCUCAUUAUAAUGGCUUCAGGGAGCACAGGUGGUGAAAAUGAUGGCAUUCGAAAUGGCAUCGGACAUGGUUCUCAAAAUAAGUUUGUGGUUGGUAGCAACAGCAAUAAUGUGGGCAAUGGAAGUAUUAAUGGGCCAUGGGGUUUAUCCCAUGGAACCAUAAUAAGCACAUGUCAAGUUUCUGUGGAUGCUCCUGACAGCAAAUCUGAAAGUAGCAACAAUAGAAUGAAUGCUUGGGGCACCAUAAACUCUUCAUCAAAUGGAGGGUUAAAUCCAAGCACUUUGAAUUCAAAUGGCAACCAUGGUGCCUGGCCUGUACUGGAGAACAAUGGACAUGCCCUGAAAGGGUCUGUAGGGAGUGGUAAUUCUGGCACAAAUAUUCAGUGCAGUACCAUAGGUCAGAUAUCUAACAGUCAGAGUAUUAACUCUAAAGUGGGUGGUUCAGCCCAUGGUUCCUGGGGAAGCCUUCAGGAAAAUUGUGAUUCUGAAGUAAAUGGUACAAGGAAGGUUUCAUUCAGUGGGCAACCUCAAAACCUUAACACUGAAAUGAAUGGACCAAAUAACACUACUAACUUUAUGACCUCUAGUUUACCAAACUCUGCUGGUUCAGCGCAGAUUAACGAACUGCCUAAUAAUACAGGGCAUGGGGCCUGGCGUGUGAGCACAAUGAAUCAUUCUCAGAUUCAGGCCUCCCCAGUUACAAAUGGCACUUCCAUUUCUCACCUUAGCAAUGGUGAGGCGAAAAAUGGUGGAUCUUAUGGUACUACAUGGGGUGCCUAUGGUUCUAAUUUCUCUGGAGACAACUGUUCAGGCCCAAACAGCCAAGCUAAUGGUGACACUGUGAAUGCAACUCUAAUGCAGUCAGGCAUUAGUGGGCCUGGCAGCACUAACUUUCAAAUCAACGGGAAUAAAGGAGGAGGGGUGUGGGAAGCAGGGACAGUCAACUCCCAGAAUAUGCCAUGGGGAAGUGGAAAUGGUGCGAGUGCUGGCGGAAGUAGAAGAGGAUGGGGCAACCCUGCACAAAACACUGGCACUAACAUUUCAAAUGGUGAAUGGAGUAAACUGCCUAGUAAUCAGCAUUCCAAUGACAGUGUAAAUGGAAAUACCAGGAAGUUUACAAACGGAUGGAAAUCUACUGAAGAGGAUGACCUUAACAGCCAGAGUUCUGCUGUGUCUCAGAUAACUGAGCAGAAUAGCGCGUGGGCCAAAACAGGUACAGGGGACGGUGAAGGUAGUACAGAGAGCACUGGAUGCCAUGAAGAUAGAGUAGCUACCGAAGGACAGAAUCGAGAGAGAAGAAAAGUUGACCAGCAUGCAUUACUCCAAAGUAUAGUAAACAGAACUGACUUAGAUCCACGUGUCCUUUCCAAUUCUGGUUGGGGACAGACUCCGAUCAAACAGAACACUGCCUGGGAUACCGAAACAUCACCAAGAGGUGAAAGAAAAACUGACAAUGGGACAGAGGCCUGGGGAGGCUCUGUGACACAGACUUCUAGCUCAGGGGGAUGUGUGGAUAGACCUAGCCCUAAUAAUAAUGAUACCUCAUCUGUAUCAGGGUGGGGAGAUCCAAAGUCUGCUACAAGGUGGGGAGACUCCAAAGGGUCAAAUAGCCAAGGGGGGUGGGAAGAGGAUUCUGCUGCUACAGUAAUGGUCAAGAGCAAUCAAUCAUGGGGAAGUGGCAAAGAGGAAAAGUCAUCUUGGAAUGACACGCAGAAGAUGAAACAGGGAUGGGUAGAAGGACAGAAGGCCAGCCAGGGUUGGGCUGUUUCUGCCAGUGACAGCUGGGGUGAAAAUUCAAGAAGUAACCAUUGGGGUGAGACUAAGAAAUCCAGUUCAGGAGGUAGCGACAGUGACAGAUCAGUAUCUGGUUGGAAUGAGCCAGGUAAAUCAAAUUCUGUUACUUGGGGAGGUAGUAAUAAUACAAACCCAAAUAAUACUUCAGGAUGGGAUGAGCCUGCAAAGUCUAAUCAGAACCAGGGCUGGGGAGACCCUCCUAAAUCCAAUCAGCCUCAAGGUUGGGGGGAUUCAUCAAAGCCAAUCAACUCUCCAGAAUGGAACAAACAAGAUGUUGGAUCUUGGGGAGCACCGUCUGCCACCAAUAAACCGCCGGGCUCAGGCUGGCUGGGGGGACCAAUGCCAGCCCCAGCAAAGGAGGAGGAACCCACUGGCUGGGAGGAGCCAUCCCCUGAAUCAAUACGCCGCAAAAUGGAAAUUGAUGAUGGAACUUCUGCUUGGGGUGAUCCAAGCAAAUACAACUACAAAAAUGUGAAUAUGUGGAAUAAAAAUGUCCCAAACAGUAGCAGCAGUUCAGACCAGCAAGCACAGGUACAUCAGCAGCUACUGUCUUCAAGUGCCAUGUCUAGCAAGGAGAGCAGUUCGGGUUCUGGUUGGGGAGAGCCUUCUACUCCAGCCACUACUGUAGAUAAUGGAACUUCAGCGUGGGGUAAGCCCAUGGAUACUGGUACUAGCUGGGGAGAACCCAUCAGCGAUGCAGGAGGCACCUCUGGCUGGGGAAACGCUUCUCUUGGUCAACAGGCUCCAAAUAAACCUGGGCCUAAAUCUAUGCAAGAUAGUUGGUGUGGAGAUGAUAUGCCAUUGACAGGCAGUCGUCAGACCAGCUGGGAGGAAGAAGAGGAUGUAGAGAUUGGAAUGUGGAACAGCAGUUCUUCACAAGAAGCUAACACAUCUUUGAACUGGCCACCCUAUAUGAAGAAAAUGCCCACAAAGGGAAUAAUGAAAGGUGGAAAUAAGCAAGAUGAAGCAUGGAUCAAUCCAUUCAUUAAGCAAUUCACAAAUCUC